AUGGCAUCUACUAUAAAUAUAUUUACGUUAAACUGUUGGGGUAUUCCUGUUGUUUCGAAAAACCGAAAAGAAAGAAUAGAAGCCAUAGCUAAAUAUUUAUCACAAGCUUCUCACAAUAUUGUGUGUUUGCAAGAAAUUUGGAGUGAAAAAGAUUACUUAUACUUAACAGAAAAGCUUUCAGAAAAUCUCCCAUAUUCACACUACUUCUAUAGUGGGGUUCUAGGCUCAGGCCUAUGUGUUUUCUCAAAAUGGAUGAUUCAGGAUGUUUUCUUUCACCAGUGGCCACUCAAUGGCUACAUACACAAAAUACAUCAUGGUGACUGGUUUGGAGGAAAAGGAGUUGGUUUGUGCAGAAUAAAAUGCAAUAAUACACUUAUUAAUGUCUAUUGUACACAUCUACAUGCAGAAUAUCAUGCAGAUGACAUAUAUUUAGCACACAGAGUUUUACAAGCAUACUCAGCUGCAGAGUUUGUAAACCUUACAACUUUACCAGCUGAUGUAUCUAUUCUUGCCGGAGACUUAAAUACUGCACCUGGUGACUUAUCGUUUAGAGUAAUUACUCAAUUGCCUGCACUCAUUGAUCCAGGCAGCUUAGACCAUAUUGCGAAAAAUUUUAACAAAAUACCAGGGACUUGUAAUAAUAUCAACAACAGUUAUUCUGAUGCAAAAUUAGUUAAAUCCUGUCCAGAAGGAAGGAGGAUAGAUCAUAUUCUCUUUCAUGUAAAUCCUAGCUUCAAGGCAGAUGUCAUCAAUUUCGGUAAUCCAUUAGAAGACAGAGUGCCAGGUGAAUCAUUUUCUUACUCCGACCACAAUGCUGUUUAUCUAGAGUUAAAACUCACUAAUUCAAAUGAUAAAUUUAAACAAAGACGGCUGAGUGUCGAUGAAAGACUUCAAGAAACCAUAGAAGAAGCGAUCAACGUAUGUAAAGAAGCAACAAAAACCAUUGCAAAAUCAAAGAGACUAUUUCUUUUGACUGGUGGCCUAAUAUUUAUGUUCCUCUUAGGUUCUGUAGGUGUUUGGCCUAAUAGUGUGUUGUCUGACAUAUUAAGAAUAAUAAUAACCGGUAUUUGUUUUUACUAUAUAAUCAUGGGGACUCUAUGGAACAGAAUCGAAUUGAACAAUAUAAAAGCUGGAUUAAUUGGGCUAGAAAAUUUUAGCAAAAGCCGAAAUGAUAUGAAAGCAAUUAAU